AUGAGAGAGCAAGACUGGACUGAUGAAUCGGCAUGGCCCCCCGGGACCGUACGCCUGGAGAAACUCCUCGGAGCCGGCGCGGGCAAUGCUUCUCAGACCGAGAUCAUCCUGCAGCCACGCCCGACCAGCGACCCCAAUGACCCCUUGGCGUGGCCGAGAUGGAGGAAAUACCUCAACUUUGGUCUUGCGACCUUCUAUGCUAUGAUGGCUUUCGGUCAGAUCAAUGCAACUACGCCUACCUGGGGGCCAAUGAUGGACGAGCUAGGCUUUGAUGCUGUUCUCAUGAACAACACCUAUGCCAUUGGCUGCGCAACGCUCGCUCUGGGCAGUUUCAUGCUGAUCCCCUUUGCGCUCAAGUACGGCCUGCGUCCAAUCUAUAUCCUCAGCAGUGCCGCUCAGAUGGCCAUCAUGAUCUGGGCUGCCAGGACCAUGACAGGGGGUGACUGGUGGGGUGUGAACGCACUCCAAUGCUGGGUGGGGUCACUCGCCGAGACCAUGGUGCAGAUGACGGUUGCCGACGUCUUCUUCGUCCACCAAAGAGGCCUGAUGAACUCGAUCUACAUCUGGGCGAGCAACUUCGGCUCUAGCUUGACACCUGUUGCUGCCGGGUUUGUCACGGCUUCGCAAGGCUGGAGAUGGGUGUGGUGGUGGAUGGCAAUUUUCUUCGGAGUGGUUCUCAUUGCGUUCAUCUUUGGAUUUGAGGAAUCGAAAUUCGACUGGACUGCAGCGGUUAUCCAUGGCGUUCAUCCGUCGCCGGACGUGGGCAGCACGCAUAGCGAUGCCGAAGCGCAGGCCGAGAAGAAAAAGCCAGCAUCGGACUCCGAGAAAGCAGCCCUGUCAAAUCUGUCGCCGAGUGAAGAACCCCUCACGUCUAUCCAGAUCGACCCAUCCAUACCUCGCAAGACAUACUGGCAGAGGCUAAGCCUCGCAACCACAACCCCGGGGUCGUUCAUGCUGUUCGCGCGCCAUGCAUAUCAGCCCUUCCAGAUACUCUUCACCAUCCCCGGGGUGGCCUACAUGUCUCUGGUCUACGCUGUGCUCUUGGCAUGGUCCACAGUCAUGUCUGCAGCUCUCAGCACCUACAUGAUCCUGCCGCCUUAUGAUUUCAACUCGACCCAAAUUGGCCUCAUGAACCUCGCUCCUUUCAUUGGCAAUACGCUGGGCUCGCUGAUUUGCGGUCCUCUGAGUGACUGGACUAUCCUGCGGCUGGCAAAGAGGAACAACGGCAUCUAUGAGCCCGAAAUGCGUCUUUGGGUCUUUGUGCCCUUCAUCCCUUUCCAGGUUGCGGGCGCCUUUUGGUUUGGCUACGCUCUGCAAGGCGGCCAGUCUUGGGUCGCUGUAGCCUUCGCCUUUGGCAUGUGUAACUUUGGAUCCGCCCCAAUUUCGAGCAUUGCGUUGACAUAUAUGACUGAUGCCUACAAUGAGAUCAUCGGUGACGCCCUGGUCGCGCUCACGUUUGCGAGGAAUACUCUCAGCACUAUAUUCGUCUUCGCAAUGACCCCGUGGAUACAACGCGUCGGCAUGGCUAAUGUGUUCAACACUAUUGGGGCUAUUGGGCUUACCGUCCUACUAUUUGCUUUCGUAUUCCUGUGGAAAGGCAGGUUGUGGCGCGCUCAGAACACCAAUCGCUACAAAGAAUUUGCUGCGAAGCAGUUUGAUCCUCGACCCAUUGACAACCACGUGUAG